AUGAGCCAAAGUCCAUUCGACAUCCCAACGCCAAUGGAAGAAGGGGAGCAAGAAGAACUCCCCCCUAAUCCUCCGUCGCCUAUGGACCAACCUCCAUUAUCCCAACAACCGGAAGUGGAGACUGUCAAUGAAGACGACGAGAACCUAGCGGAUCAUGUCAAAGACAGACGGCAACCAGGGGAGCCGAACCGUAAUGACGACCCACUAGACCUCAAGUUCGACUUCAUGCACAAGGAGAACCCAACCGUUGAAGGACUUCCACCGGAAGAAAUGCUGGAUCGUACCUUCCUCAUGCCUCCCGCAGAAGAUGGCACUCGAGUCAGAGCCAAAAUCAUUGAGCGAGUCGACAACACAAAGAAAAAUUCCAAUAACACCCGGACAUGA